AUGACCGGGUCAUCACAGCCCAAUUCCUUCUACUUACCAUUCGAAUUUCGACCUCAAAUCGAUCGUUCAGACCUUGCUUUUGCACAAGGCGGGUCUCCGCCGUGGCAGCUCAUUCCGUCGUACCCCUCACCGCCUAUGUCCAGCCCGCCUUCCCCACAGAGGAAGGUAUCUGAUAUACAACCUCCAACAGCUACAACAUACUCGGAGCUUACACACUCUGGCACCGCUACCUCAUCCGAGACAUCAAUCACAGGUACAGACUUUACUUUGCCUCCUGUCUCGGCAGGAGUACUUGCAUCUACACUUCCGAGCAUACCUCAAUCUUUUGCUCCCACAACAACAGCAGCGUCAUCAGAAGUGCCCCGCACCAAAUCGCCGUCUUCCAGUGAAAGUCUUGCUCUGCUCCAUCGAACAGAAUCUGCCUCGAGUGCGAGCAACGUGCCGGACCCUCUUGCUACUGCUGGACCCAGCAUUGCACGGUCAUUUUCUAACAUAGGCCGGAGCGGGAAGAGAGCCAAAGCACAUGUCGCCAACGCGUGCAACAACUGCAAGCGAGCACAUCUUAGCUGUGAUGUCGAGAGACCUUGUGGGAGAUGUGUCGCUACAGGCAAAGCCGAGACGUGCCGUGAUGUACCUCACAAGAAGCGCGGUCGACCACGUUUGCGCGAUGAAGGCCAGUUCAGUCUACAGACAGGUAGCUCUGAGGUAGACACGGUGGGGAGUCCGGUGACCGGUCUCUCGACUGCUAGACCAAUGGCUAGGCCAGGGCAUCGGAAAACUGCUUCUUUACGGACACUGGCCGCCUUUGCUGCAGACCAGAGUCACCAGCCUUCGAUUGGUCAAGGAACUUCAGUGCGUGAGCGAGCAUACUCGUUUGGAACAGCUCCAUCGACAGGACUUCUGCCCCCAUCCAGACAUCCCCGCUUAGCCCCUUCCCCUGAGGUCCCGAUCGCCUUUCUCGACACCGACUUCGUGGUCUUGAAGGCCAACACAACUUUCCAACGCCUCUUCUCGUGGCUACAGGAGAUCAAAGGGAUGCGUUUGUCAGACAUUGCAAAGCCGCUAGAUGGAGACAGUUUCCAGAAUGCUCGGAACAGGUUGAGGGAAGAAAGAGAGGUACGCGAGCCAGCAUACCUACCUCCGAUACUACAACCAAGACUGGACCCAGUGUCGGGCAUCGGGACAACGGAUCAUGAUGUGGAAGAAGUUACCAGAGGGUUUGCCGAUCACCAGUUCGCCUGGACAUUCCGUCUAGGAGGUGGCGUUGACCAAACGCUGCCAGUGCGUAUGCGUUUAGCCAAAACGUCCGUCUACUUUGUCACGCUGUUCCUGCCUCCUCUACCACCUCAAGUCGUCGAGCAGGUUAUAUCUUCUCGGCCACCGUCACUCAUGUUUCCCGCACGAGUCGCAGCGCCUCCUCUUGCACCCUUCCAAGGCAGUCCUCGCAUGAUGGAUCAACAACCUGGCAUCUCCGAAGCUUCUCAAACCUACCACUCAUUUCCUACUGCCGACCCUGGAUCCCAAAACUAUACACUCCAUCCCCGCUACCAAUUCGGUGAACAUUCAUAUGCCCACAGUACACACUACCAACCUACAUACCAACAGCAUCAGCAGCCACAACAACCACCAUCUCAGCAAAUGCUUCCACCACCCCCAACACAUCCCGAUCAACUCCCAGGCACGGUAGGGUCAAGCUCGAGCAGUCACAUAACCCAACCUUCAUUCCUGCAGCCCCCCGUGCCUCCACACCGUAGCCGUCCACGAUCAGACACCAUGGAAUCACUAGGCAGACACAUACAGACCAGACUACGAGCAGACAGUGGCGCCACAGUACCAGUCUUCCACAGCUCACCCAUACGGCAAAGCCAUCCUACUGAGGGGGCAGGCAGCGAAGACGACUUCGAAACAGGCGAAGGGUCAGGGAGCCCCAGGAAAAGAAGGAGACUCGACAUCAAUGAGAUGUUGCAGAGAUGA